CCGGCGUUCAACCUGCGUCACUUACCCAAGGCAUUUUUCUCCGCAGGUCGCAACAUCUACGAAACUUUUUGAUGUUUGCGCCAAACCGUCCAAUUGUUUAGUCAAAUGGGACAGUGAAAUGACUCGCUCCUCCAAGGCUCCCCAGAGAUUUUCUGCGCUCCCCCAAGUCUUCCAGUGAAAUCGGACCAUGAAUGCCAUCCGGCAGACCCAGCUUCUGAACAAGCGCGAGCUCGAGAACGCAACAGCACCCUCUGCCUCCUGGCACGCCGACUACAGGGACACGGCCUGGGUCUACAUAGGCGGCCUACACUUGGACCUGACCGAAGGCGACGUGGUCAUCAUCUUCUCCCAGUACGGCAACCCCACGCACCUCAACCUGAUCCGCGACAAAGAAACGGGCAAAAGCAAAGGGUUCGCUUUCCUGAGAUACGAGGACCAGAGGAGCUGUGACCUGGCGGUGGAUAACUUAGGAGGCGCCGAGGUGUUGGGGCGGCUGUUGAGGGUCGACCACACAAGAUAUAAGAAGAAGGAGGACGAGGACGAGGACACGUAUCGGAUCGACAGGUUGGAAGCCCAGGCGGAGGCUGAAGAGAGCGUCAAUGGCAAUGGGAAGAGGGAGAGCGACGAGACUGGCAACGAAGAUGACGAUGAGGGCGGACGCAGAAGGAAGCGGAGACGGCACCGGCUGAAAGAAGAGGAGGAACUGGAGCAGCUGCUGGCCAUAAAGCAAGACGGAGACGAAGAAGAUCCGAUGAGAGAGUAUCUGAUCAGAGAGAAGCAGGAGGAAGUUGAGAGGGCAAAGGAGAGGAAGAAAGAAAAAAGAAAACACCGACAUCGACGCAGAGAUGACGACGUGGAGGAUGGAAAUGACGAUACCGACGGAGAAGGCGAACACCGGCAUCGACAGCGGCAUCGUGACCCGGAAGACCCUGAUAGGCGAAAAGAUGGGAACGGCAGGCAGCGUACAGGGAGAGACCGGCGAGAGCACAACGACGACAGAAAACAACCAGAAAAGUACAAGGACCGAGGCUCGCGAUAUGACCGAGAUAGAGAUAGGGACAGGGACCGGGACAGAGAGGGGGAGCAUCGUCAUAGUCGUCACCAACGAGGCAGCAGGGAGAGAAGGUCGUCGCGAGACCGUGAUCGUCCCUCCACCAGGAUCGAUGAUUAUUGAUUUGAUGCGUGGACUCUGUCCGACAUGCUAUAUAGUAUGCUAUCCAAAUCAGCAUCGAUCUGUCGGGGAAGCACCGAGCUGGUAUGCUAGGUCUAUUUGGCAACUGCUUGAUCGCAAACACAGGGCGAAUGCAGUUCGAUGCCUCAGCUCGAUUUCUCGCCUUCUUUGAGAAGCUCGACACCUUGCUCCCUCAGUUUGAAUUUCUCUGCGGAAGUCACACGUCAGUCAGUGACAGUCCUCCCACGGCGCAAAGAUCAAUCGAUAAUCGGGCAGGUACUUACGAAUCUUUCCACUGGCCGUCUUUGGAUAGUCCUGCACGAAAAAGACAUAUUUCGGCACCAGAUGAUGACUCAUGCGAUCCUUGACCCAGCUCCUGACUUCUUCGGCGGUUAUAUGGUUCUCGCCUGGUGGCAGAUGAUGCCUGCGAAUGACGAACGCCGCAACGACUUCUCCAUACCUUUGAUCUGGAAGGCCGACUACACUGACUUCGGCGAUCUUGGGGUGUGCGAAGAGACAGUUCUCAAUCUCGAGCGGGUGAAUGUUCUCUCCGCCGCGGAUGAUCAGGUCCUUGAUGCGCCCUGUGAUGCUGACGUAGCCCUCUUCGUCUAUUGAUGCCUCGUCGCCCGUAUGCAUCCAUGCCUUACCGUCCUCGUCGGUUUUGAUGGCUUCUGCUGUCUUUUCUGGCUGGCCCCAAUACUCCUUCAUUACCAAGUAUCCAUGGACCGCAAGUUCGCCUCGUUCACCCACGUUCAGGAUCUUGUCAUGAUCAAAGGGAUCCACCACUUUCGCCUCGACGUGGGGGAGCAGCCGGCCGACGGUAUUGAUGCGCUUCUCAAUUGGGUCAUCCGUCGUUGUCAUCGCAGAGACGGGGGAAGUCUCCGUCAUUCCAUAACAAAUCGUCAACUCCGUCAAAUUUAGAGUCUUGUGCAAUUUCCGCAUCAGCUCGGCAGGCACUGAGGAGCCAGCUGCAAUGCCGGUGCGCAGAUACUGGAAGCCUUCAUAAGCGAUCUUCUCGUCAUCGAGAAGCUCCAGCUCCGCAAGGAACAUGGUGGGUACACCAUAGAGUGCCGUGGCUUUCUCCUCUUGUACAGCCUUCAAGGAGGCCAAAGGAUCGAAUGCCUCGGCGGGGAAGACUAUGGCGGAGCCAUGAGUCGCGGUCGCCAUGUAGCCUAGGAUACACCCAAAGCAAUGGAACAACGGUGGUGGACAGCAUACAACGUCUUCUGGUGUCAGCAACAUGCGGUCGCCUAUUUGAUUGCCGUUGUUGAGAAUUGAUCUGUGCGACAGACAGGCAGCUUUAGGCAUUGACGUGGUGCCAGAUGUGAAUUGAAUGUUGACCGCC